AUAGCAACGGUUUGUUGCUAGAGGAUGUGAAGUUACAUGACAACAUGAAACUCAAGCGGUUCCUUCUCAGAUAUUAUCCACCAGGUAUAAUCUUGGAAUAUGAAAAAGGAGGAUAUUUGAGGACCAAAUCAAUCGACCUUUUGGAUUUGACCCCAGAAGCAAACCCAGAUGAGUUGCUGGUAGAAAUCAGGCAAUCGGAACCUCUGAUCACAGAGUCCCGGGUUGAUCAGGUCAAACAGCUGAUCCUUCGACUUCAGCAGAAACAGGGCCAGCAGGACCACCACAGGUUCUGCUUCUUCAAGGAGCUCAAGGCACACAUACUGCCACUGACAAACAUUGCCUUUGACAAAUCCGGGUCAAGGUUUAUAACUGGGAGCUAUGACAGGACAUGCAGAGUUUGGGACACGGCCUCAGGCACGGAGCUGCACACGCUAGAGGGUCACAGAAACGUGGUGUAUGCAGUCGCAUUCAACAACCCCUACGGAGACAAGAUUGCCACCGCCUCAUUUGAUAAGACCUGCAAACUGUGGUGUGCUGAGACGGGCAAAUGUUUUCAUACCUUUCGCGGACACAUGGCAGAAAUAGUGUGCCUGGCAUUCAACCCCCAGAGUACGCUGGUGGCCACAGCCAGCAUGGAUGCCACUGCCAAGCUGUGGGAUGUGGAGACUGGGGAGGAGGUGGCCACUCUGACUGGUCACACUGCGGAGGUCCUCUCUCUGUGCUUUAACACAGUGGGAAAUCAGCUUGUCACUGGCUCCUUUGACCACACUGUUGCUAUAUGGGAUGUUGCUUCAGGAAGACGUGUCCACACUCUGAUUGGUCACAGGGGGGAAAUCAGCAAUGUUCAGUUUAACUGGGAUUGCUCACUCAUCGUCUCAGGCUCCAUGGACAAAACCUGCAAGUUGUGGGAGGCAGUCAGUGGGAAGUGUGUGGCCACCCUAGUUGGACACAAGGAAGAGGUGCUGGAUGUGUGUUUUGAUUUAAGUGGUCAGCUCAUUGCAACCGCCUCUGCUGAUGGUACAGCACGAGUGUUCAGUGCAACCACACAUCAGUGUCUCGUGACCCUAGCAGGCCAUGAUGGAGAGAUUUCCAAGAUCUGUUUCAGCCCCCAAGGCAGCAGGAUCCUGACUGCCAGCUCAGACAAGACAGCUCGUCUGUGGGAUGUUCAGUCUGGAGUCUGCCUGCAAGUCCUGGAGGGGCACACCGACGAGAUCUUCUCCUGCGUCUUCAACUAUGAGGGGGACACAAUCAUUACAGGCAGCAAGGAUAACACAUGCCGGAUCUGGUACUGACCCUUCAGAGGUUCAGAUGGGCAGAUACAUGGACACAACAUUCAGUUCACCAAGUAUAUCACUGUAAAUCUAGUCACAUUGAGGUAAAAAUGUUGUAUGCUUGGACAAAGCUGGGAGUGGUGAUUAUCUUAGCUUAGCAUAAAGACUAGAAGCAGCAGGACACAGCUAGCCUAGGUCUGUCCAAAGUUAAUAAAAAUACCCCUACCAGCGCAUGUAAAACUCAGUUAACACGUUACAUAGUUACAGGACAUAACUCCCGUAAGACCACAACUUCUCAUCUAAUACUUGGCUAAACCGUAGGUAAGCAUAUUUCCCAAAAUAGUUGGCGAGUUCUUUGAAGCUUGUUGUUAAAAUCCAACUUGAACAGGCUUUUGUAAAGAUAACUGGUUCUAAAUUAAGCUGUGUAGAGACUUCUAGCAAGUGGGAGCUAGAUAGGGCUGUAAAAAUUGACGUUCAUAUUUGUUCAAAAAUAAACCACAUAGGUUUGAACUAUUCAAAUGCCCCUCAUCUGUUAGCUAUUUAAAAUGACACAUACAUGGACCCCAAAAAAAACAGCGAUGUAAAUCAGCCAAUAACUUAUUGCUAUAUAUUCGUCCAACACCUAAAUUAGGGGGCAGCUGGCUGGAGGGAGAUCGCCUGAAAGUCAUUUCCAGUAAAUAUCACAAUAU